AUGGACAGCGAAAACUAUCGUAUUCUCAAUCAAGACAUGUUGAAAUUGGAGAAGUUUGACGGGUCGAGUUACACUCGUUGGGCGGACAAAGUGAAAUUUAUGCUCAUGGUGGUAAAACUCUACUAUGUCCUAGACCCAAGCCUUCCUCCUAUUCCCGAAGAUCCGGUCCCUGAACCAAGAAAACAACCGGAACUUCAAAGAAUUGCUGAUUUGGAAAAGCUGAGAAUGAUCCGCAAGGAAGAGGAAACUCUUGCUUGUGGACACAUUAAAAAUGCUUUGUCGAAUCGUCUGUAUGAUCUGUAUUCCCCGAUGACGUGCCCUAGAGAGUUGUGGAAAGCCUUGGAAUUCAAAUACAAGUCACAAGAAGAUGGCACCAACAAAUAUAAUGUGUCUCAGUAUUUGAGAUUCCAAAUGGUUGAUGAAACACCAAUUCUGGAGCAAGUGCAUGAGCUCAACAAACUGAAAAUGCUUUCUAUUGCUAUUCCUGAAAUUUUCAAAGCACAUAAUCGGGAAAGAAGAGACAAGCCUGUGAUGAAUGCCAACAACGUGCAGAAGUAUAAGAGGGUCGGAAGAUGUCACGUCUGUGGAGAGACGAGACACUAUGCUCGUGAAUGCAAGGACAGAAAGUCCACCACUUCUACUGCUAAUUCUGUUGAGGGGAUUCAACACCUUGUGGCGAAUCUCCAUAUGGAAGAGAUUGACAUGAUCUCAGAAGCCUCCACGAGAAUUGUGGCUGCAAGAGGUGGCUGGUACUUGGACUAUGGAUCCACUAUUCAUGUUUGUGACUCUAGGUCCAAGUUUGUUGAACAUGGACCAGUUCGAAAUGGGAAGCAAGUGAUAGUUGCUAACAACGGCCGUACGGAUAUCGUUGGAAUGGGUACCGUGUGA